AUCCAGGACACUGUUUACCAAUCCAAUAACAUCAACAGCCAAAAAUCAAAUUACAAUGAAAAAUAUUAAUGAUAAAAUUGAUACAGCAUGUGAACUUUUAUCCAAAGAAGCUGCAGAACUCUACUUGCCAAAAAAAAUAGCUGAAAUUGAUGCAUCAAUUGAAUCAAUUGAUCCCUUUGAUUUUUAUCGUAAUUAUGUAUCAAAAAAUAUACCUUUAUUAAUUAAAAAUGGAGUUAAAAAUUGGCAAGCUUAUGAAAAAUGGAAUAUUAAUUAUUUUCGUGAAAAAUUAAAUGAUAAAAUUGUCACAGUUGCUGUAACACCAAAUGGAUAUGCUGAUGCAGUUACACUUGAUUUAUCAUCAGGAAAUAAAUAUUUUACAAUGCCUGAAGAAAGAUCAUUAAAAAUGACAGAAUUUUUAGAUAAUUUAGAUAAUCCAAAUGACAAUGAAAUUUUUUAUAUUCAACAACAAAAUUCAAAUUUUCAAAGCUGUUAUUAUGAGCUAUGGAAAGAUGUUGAUUGUCAUCUGAAAUGGGCUAAUGAUGCAUUUGGACAAGAUCCAGAUGCUAUUAAUUUUUGGAUGGGUGAUGGAAGAGCAAUAACAUCCAUGCAUAAAGAUCCAUAUGAAAAUAUUUAUUGUGUAAUAUCAGGAGAAAAAGAAUUUACAUUACAUCCACCAACAGAUUUACCAUGGAUUCCAUAUGAAAAAUAUCAAUCAGCAAUUUAUAAAAAAGUAAAUGACAAUUGGAAAAUUGAUCCAAUUGAAUCAAAUGGUUCAACUGAUGAUGAUGAUAAAAUACCAUGGGUAUCAGUGGAUCCAUUGAAGCCAGAUUAUCAAAAAUAUCCAAAAUAUAAAAAUGCAACGACAAUCAAAGUCAAAGUUGAAGCUGGUGAUGUUCUUUAUCUUCCUGCACUCUGGUUCCAUCAUGUUCAACAAUCUCACAGCUGUAUUGCAAUUAACUACUGGUACGACAUGGAAUACGAUAUAAAAUAUGCAUAUUUUAAAACUCUAGAAGCUUUAACUCAAUAAAACAACAAAAGAAACUUAAC